AUGACCGACACUAAUGCAGUAAUCCAGUCAGUUAGAAAGUUCCUUGCAGAUAAUCCAGCUAUUCCAAAAUGGAUUAAAUGGGGAAUUAUAUUCAAAGUAUUGCGUAUCAAGAAUUCGUUUUAUUGGACUAACUUUGUCACAUUAAAUAAGCCAAUCAAGAACUUGUUAAUUCAAAAUAGCAAUACGAAGGACCCGAAUAUUCAUCGUCGCCUUAGCAAGUGUGCCAAUGCCAUUUCUUGCGUAUUUCUAUACUGUGCAACAGUUAAUAGUAAGUUGAUUCCCAAGGAUUAUUUAUUGAUUUAUUUGCUCAUUAAUUAUGUGGGAAAGUUAAACCCUCCAUCCAAUACAAAAAUAUUGGUGUCACCGAAAUAUUCACAAUAUUUGAAAACCAGCAAUUACCAACCGUGGUUGAACCAAUUGUAUGAAAAGAAACAUUUUUUUAUAUUCCCCGCCAUAGUGGCACAAAUAUUAAGUAACUAUUUGACUCCUACCAAAUACAAGUUAAAUCAACGAUACUUAUCCAGUCUGUUAAAGAAAUAUAUUUUGAAUCCUAUUUGGAUAAAUUAUAAACUAGGUAUAAAUUAUAAUAGGGUUAAUUGGAUAAGUCUAUUCCGAACUUAUUGUUUUCAAAAUGUUGUGUUGAUGUCUGCAAUGGGGUUAUAUUUUUUCAAGAGUAAAUUGUUGGAUAGGCUUUACGAGAUCAAACAUAAUAAGGAUGAAAAGAAAGACUAUAAUACAAUUAUUCAAGACUAUUUUGCAUAUGUUACCCAUAAAUCCAAUUCAUUUAUAAAUUUAAUAUUCGGAGUUAAUCUAAUUUCCAUUUUAUUGAUCUCGUUAACAUCUCCAGUGUUUAGAGCUUUGACCCCCAAAACCACAACCAAUAUGAAUUGGAUCCAGCUGCUUUAUGUGAAUCAUUUGAAAUUGUUUUUCAAAAGCUACACUAAAAUAAUAGGCUUCGCUGCUGGCUUGAUUACUUUAUGUUUGAAUUCGAUCAAUCUUAUUCCUAGUUGGGGUUAUUCGGGACACGAAUCUAUUCGAGAAAUUAAGCCUGCAGUUUUCAAUUCUAUCAACUUGUACCUUUUUAGAUUGAUUUUAUUAUCCAAGUGGAGAAUUAUCAAGUUUAAGCACCCAUUGUUCACUAAAGUUACUAGAGGUAAUUGGAAUAAAUUGGAAACAGUGUUGAUGAGUUUUGCAAUUUGGAAAAUUAUGAAUUUGAAUGAUUUCUUGAACUCUACAGCAAAAGCUAAUAUCGAAUAUGAGCGCAAAGAAUUGUUAGCAAAUCCAAUGGUCAAGUUGGUAAAUUACAUAAUGUAA